GGAACCACAAUGGGGAAACACCUAGCCAAUCUUCUCACGUUCGGUACCUGGUCCGGUGGUACGGUGAUAGCCGGUAACGGAGGUCCAGUAUGAAGUGCAUCAGUUGGUUCAGCCGACCCAGGUUCUUGAUUCUCGCGUUCCUGGCGUUUUCCCUGAUUCUGGCGUGGCCUGUGGCGGCGCCGCUGAUGUCCCCGAGCCGCUGGUAGUGGAGAAAGAGGUCAUCACCGAAGUUCACGUGACCAAGGAAGUGGUCACGGAAGUCCAGCAAGAACAGACCAAGGUCGUGGUCAAAGAGGUCGUGGCGACUGCAACGCCGAUUCCGGUGUUGCGGGGCCAGACCUUCACCUCUCCCCUGACCCCUGAUUGGGUGGCUCAGGGCAAGUACCAAACCGAUGGUGCUUGAUGUUGUGGGCCGGGGCGCCAGCGGCCAGUGGGACGUCCACUACUGCGCCAGCCUUUUCAGUUGCCUCAUCGGGGCCGCCCCUAAGUUCAGCCAAUUGGUCCAAUACGACCCGGCCAACACCAGCGAGGUCACCGGCGACCUGGCCAAGGAAUGGGAAGUCAGCCCCGACGGGACGCUCUAUACCUUCACGCUGCACGAGGCCAACUGGCAUGACGGGACUCCCGUUACCGCCGAUGACGUGGUGUUCACCCUCUGACCGCAUCGUUGAACCCGGCGCCAUCCGAAGCCGCACCGCGGCUUUGCGACCCUUCUACGAGCGCGAAACGGCCCGAGCCAUUGACCCCCAGACGGUGGAGGUCCCCCUCAAAUUCCCCGCAGCGACCUUCCUGACCAACAUCGCCGUAGACUAU